AGCUGCCUCAGAAAUGGGUCACACGCGUCUAUGCAAGUAAUUUUAUUACAUGCUUAAGCAAGUGGAUCGUUUAUGAAGGAGAGUUAUGGCAGCCAAAACUUCCCAUUUCGAAUGGAUCAGAAUCGAACUCUGAAUCUCAUUCAAAGGUUCCUUCACAAACUGCAACUUUAUUAAGUUCGGUGUCAGACACCGUGCCAAAACAUAUGCAGGCACCGGCUACUACAUUUAAAGAAUGUUCUUCUAGCGAAUCGAGAACAAAACAAUCAAUGCCUUCCUCAGAAGAACCUUCAUCUAGUACGUAUGGAACAGCUUUAGCAGCACAAUCAAAUAUGAGUGCGAGGCCGAAAACAACAGCCAGAUCGUAUGACUAUUCUGGUGAGACAGAACCUACCAUCAGUGACGUAGUGGGCUCUGAUUAUAAUGAUGUGGCACGAUCUGACUAUGGUGGUUGGAUGCCAUCUAGUCGUGUUGGUAUGAUAGAAUAUGGCUAUAGUGGUGUGAGUGUGGAUAUGAGCAUGUGA